AUGAUCCUUCUUCUUCACGUUCAUGUGCAGGACAAGGGUUGCGUGCCGUACAAGUUUCCGGUGGCGAUCACCGUGAUUCACAUGAUCUUUUCCUGGAUGCUGUGCCGUUUCUACAUUUUCCAUGUGCGAGGUGAUGAGAAGGCUGUCUUAAGCUGUCAGCAGCAGCUUCAAGAGAUCAUGCCCCUAUCAAUCUGCUUCGCGCUGUCAGUGGCCAUGGGAAAUCUGUCCUUGAAAUACAUUUAUCCGUCUUUCAAUCAGAUGCUUGGCUCCAUGUCUCCGCUCAUCACGGUGUUGUUGGCCGUGUUCUUCCAGCAGAAGCGCUUCUCAAUGAAGACCUGGCUUUCGAUGCCGGUGAUCUGUAUGGGUUUGGCCAUGUGCAGUGUAAAGGAGUUGAACUUCAACGUUCUUGGCGCGUUCUAUGCCACGGGCGCCACGGUCUUGCGUGCCGUGAAGAGUUUGAUCCAAGGGAGGCCGCAAAGCGUCGCCGCGGAGCGUCGCCGCGGAGCGUCGCCGCGGAAGAAGUGGAGGGGAGGGGCGCUCCAUGUGCCGGAGUAUUAUAUGGCGCCGAUCUCUGCCAUUUGGCUCUUUCUGCUCAUGCUCUUGAUGGAGGGCACGGAGCCCAUCGUGCUACUUCUGGCCUCCUGGACUGCGGAGAUCCUUGGAGUUCUCGCCGCUCGAGGCUUCGAUGUUGGUGGGGGGGGGCAACUAAGGGUGGGCACGUCCGUGACGGGCAUUGGCACUGUGAUGUAUUUGCUGGUGCUCUCAGGUCUGAAUGCAUGUCUACUGAACAUUGCCAACUUUCUCGUCACCUCCUACACGAGCCCCGUCACGUUACAGGUCCUCGGCAACGUGAAGAGCUGUUUGUCCAUCGCUGUGUCUGUGGCCAUCUUCAGGAACAGCCUGACAUUUGAACAAGCCGUUGGUGUCGGCACAUGCCUGGUGGGCGUUUGGCUAUACAACCAGAAAGAGCCCAAGGCGCGGAAGGUGCAUUUUUGUCUGUUGCGGGGCGGGGGGUAG